AUGAUUUUCCAAGUGGUAUUCAGUUUGCUUCUUAUUUUUUUCAAACAGUCAUUGGCAGGGCCUGCAGCAACCACUGUUGCUCCAGAAUCGAUACCACAGAAUUAUAAAGAAAGUACUCCUUAUUCGGUGGAAACCGACACUGUAUUUGCAAACCAUAAGUAUAUGAUCGGAGUUUAUGAGUACUAUAGUUCAAUAAAAUACGUCUCCAAUUGUAAUCCAGAUACGACAACUACAACUGCGGUUGGUACUUCCUCGGUACCAAUUUUCUGA